UGUCAUAAAUCUUUUGGGCAAAUAAACACGUCUCUGGCCAAAGUGGAGUGUUGGGUGGGAUUGGCAGUGGUAGUGGGAGUGGGAGUGGGAGUGUGUACUUUUUUAGCCACACCACUUUGUGUAAAUCCAUCAAUAUUUACUGAUAAUACGUAGGAACAUAUGCAUAUGCUUUCUCAGCCCGCCAGCGAAUCGUACUAGUACAAUGGCUUCGCUACGUCAGUCGGCUUCUGGAUCGAGGAGUUGCGUCAAAGUGUCUCCGAUCGUCGAUCUUGUUUGUGUCGCCGAACCAUCUCUCUGUGGGGACUCACCUGCGAAUCCCCGGACCUAGAGAUACAGUAUGAAUGAUAUCGCCCAGCUGGUCGGCCCAAGCUUUCAAAGCUUUCCGCUAUCGUAUAAAUGUUGGCAAUACAAGGGCGGCUGGGCUUAGAACCAUUCCGCCAAUCUAGCAGCGCAGACCUCGGCAACGAAUCCGAAGAGCUGAAAGUGUUCCCACUGGACUAACUUGGCGAUCAUGACCCACAAGCCGUGCAAGGGCCCACGUCUGGGCGUGCGACAUCUGCAGUCGUUCCUGCUCUUCCUCGGCCUCACCGUGAUGCACAUCGCCCGGCUGAAUGUGAGUGUGGCCAUUGUGGCCAUGACCAAUGCGGCCACCACGAAUCCCAAUUUUCCGGAGUACGAGUGGACGUUGAAACAAAAGUCGUACAUACUCUCCAGUUUCUACUGGGGCUACAUCCUGACCCUGUGUCCUGGCAGCUUCCUGUGCCGUCGCUACGGCGCCAAAGUGGUCCUCUUUGUGGCCAGUUGUGGCACUGCCGUCUUCAGUCUGAUGACCCCGUGGUGCAUCACCUGGGGCGGGUGGCAGGUGUUCUGCGCCAUCCGCAUUCUGCAGGGCUUGUUCCAGGGCGUGAUCUUUCCCUGCGUCACGGAGCACCUGGCCAUGUGGUCGCCACCGGAGGAGAGGAAUCGCCUGGGCGCCUUCAGCUACACGGGCACGGAUUGCGGCACUGUGCUGGCCAUGUUCAUAAGUGGCAUGAUUGCCAAGGGCGCAAUGGGCUGGCCGGGCAUAUCCUAUGUGUCCGGAGCCCUCUGCGCCGCCUGGUGCUUCCUCUGGCUGAUCUUCGCCUCCAACAAUGCCACCGAGUCCCGAUUCAUUGGCGAGGCCGAGUGCAAGUACAUCGAAUCCUCGCUGGAGCACAAUGAGGACUUCCACGAUCGCACCAUACCCAUACCCUGGAAGGCGAUCUGGACAUCUGUGCCCUUCCUGGCCCUGCUGGUAACCCGUUGCGCAGAGACCUACGGACUGAGCACCCUGCAGGCGGAGAUUCCCUCCUACAUGAACGGUGUCCUCAACAUGGAGAUCCAGAGCAACGCAGUCUUCUCAUCGCUGCCCUUCCUGGCCAUGUGGCUGCUGUCCUAUGUCUAUCUGAUUGCCGCCGAUGUGCUGCUCAAGAAGAAGAUCCUGUCGCUGACCUCCGUGCGUAAGCUGUUCAACACGCUCUCCUUUUGGAUACCGGCCGCCGCCCUGAUCGGCAUUGGAUUCCUCAGCGAGGAGAACAAGAAUCUGGCCAUCGUGCUGAUGACCGUCUCGGUGGGUGUGAACAGUGGAGCCACCAUCGGCAGCUCCCUGAACUCCAUCGAUCUGUCGCCCAAUCACGCUGGCAUAUUGAUUGGCUUGAGCAAUACGGUGGCGAACGUUAUACCCAUCCUCACACCACUGAUUGCGGGUGAGAUCGUGGCAGAUAAGGUGAGUCAGGCGUCGAAAAAGAAUGAUGGAAAAUCCCAGAUCGAAAACAAUAAUAAAUAUAUGUAUUUCCCAAUAUCGCAGCACAAUCGCGGCCAAUGGCAGAUCGUCUUUGGACUGGCAGCUGUCAUAUUCUUCUUGGGCAAUGUGGUCUUCAUCAUCUGGGGAACGGCCAAGGCGCAGCCCUGGGAUGCAGAUGACUUCCUGAAGCCCAAGGACGCGGAGUCCGCCUGCCAAAAGUCCAAGUCCAUUGUCGCAGAGGUCGCGCCGCCCAUCGAUCCCGUCCUGGAGCAGCAAAUCAGUUGGCCGGAGCGGUAUACGGCCAAAGCCAUCGAGUGAUUUGUGGCGGAAGUGUCCGCUCGGCGAGAACAAUUGCUUUUGUUAAUCAGUAUUAACCAUAAGUAGGCUGUAAUUUAUAUUUAUUCUAUUUAUAAGGCGUGACCGUAGCACGAGGCUUAAGUAAAUUAUUUUCAAUUGAAUCGCAUUGUUGUUACCAAUCGCUUGUGAUUUCGGCACUCGAAUCAAGGAAGAGCCCCGAUAGGCCAGGCCAGCGCAAUCUAAUCAGUUAAUUUAUCUCAUAAAUGUAUAUAAGUACCUUAUUUAUAUUGAAUUGCUGCCCAUGCGACCAAUUGUCAAUGGCUGAAGCUAAUUCUGAGUACUUUGCACUGCCUCACUUUCUCGACGGGGUUCAAAAACAACAUUUGCCACAGCUGUUUGUGAAUGUAUAAUACUC